AUGACCACCGUUAAUAUCCGCCGGGAUGUCACUGAUCCCUUCUACCGCUACAAAAUGGAGCGCCUCCAGUCCAAGAUCGAGGGCAAAGGCAACGGUAUUAAGACCGUCAUUGUCAACCUCAACUCUGUCGCUGGAUCUCUGAGCCGGCCUCCUGCAUACCUCAUCAAGUACUUUGGCUUCGAGAUUGGCGCCCAAGCCAAUGCCAAGCCAACUGAUGAGCGUUGGAUUAUCAACGGUGCCCACGAUGCCAACAAGCUGCAAGACUAUCUCGACGGGUUCAUCUCCAAAUUUGUGCUGUGCAAGAAGUGCAAGAACCCCGAGACCGACGUCAUCAUCGGCGGUGACAAAAUCACUUUGGAUUGCAAGGCCUGUGGCCAACGCUCCGAUGUCGACCCUCGCCUGAAGCUGAGCACCUUUAUUGUUCGCAACAACCCCAAGGGUGGUAAGAAGGAGAAGAAAGACAAGAAAGCCCGCCGCGAAGAAAAGAACAAGCUGGCCAAUGGCGAGGACGGCAGCCCGGGCGAAAGCAACGGGUCCGAGCAGGGCGAAGACGAGGACGAGGCCCUUGCGGCCGGCAGUGAUGACGAGCUCACCAAGCGCAUCAAGUCCCAGGCUAAGGAGAUCGCCGUCGAGAAAGAAAUCAAGGACGAUGAAUGGGCCGUCGACGUUUCUGAGGAAGCUGUCAAGGCUCGCGCCCAAGAGCUGCCUUCGGACUUGAAGAAGUCCCUCGUCCUCGAGGAUGUCGAUGACGACGAGGCUGAUGGCCCUUCGUCUUACGAGCAGCUCGGUAGCUGGAUUGUGGAUACCGCUAAUGAGAAGGGCGGCGUGACCAAGGUCUCGGACAUUGAUAUCUACAAGAAGGCUAAGGAAUUCGGCAUCGAGACGAAGCAUAAGACGGUCGCCGUUCUUGCCCAGAGCAUCUUCGACGAUAAGAUUGUCAAGCAGAUCGAGGACCGUGCCCCUCUGCUCAAGAAGCUGAUCACUUCCGAGCGGCACGAGAAGGCCUUCCUGGGUGGAACUGAGCGCUUUGUCGGUCAGGAUCGCCCUGCUUUGAUGGCUCAAAUCCCUGCCAUUCUCCUUGGCUACUACCAGAACGACCUUGUCUCGGAAGAGACUCUCAAGAGCUGGGGUGCCAAGGCCAGCAAGAAGUACGUUGACAUCUCGACCUCCAAGAAGGUUCGCAAGGCCGCCCAGCCCUUCCUGGAGUGGCUGGAGAAUGCGGAGAGCGAGGAUGACAGCGACGAGGAAGAAAGCGAGUAG